CGUUUCCAUUCUGGUCGAUCGUGUGGCCAUGUGGAGCUGCGUCACUUGCAGCGCCUCCAACGAGGCACCUGCUUUGACAUGCACGCGAUGCGGCAACCACCGGAGUGGGACACAAGAUGCAGCACUUCCAAACACGUCGUUCCAUGGAGCUCUGCAGCCACACGACGUGAGCGCGACCCGCGCGUUGCUGUUGGAAGUCGUGAAGGCUGGCGAUGUCGCAGCGUUGAGCACGCUCGUUGCCACUGUGUCAGCGUUUCCUCUGGUCCAGCCGUGGGACAAGGAGGGCACCGCGCUCGCAGUCGCCAGUCGGCACAACCACCUGCCUAUGGUCUGGUACCUCGUUCGCACGAUCGGGAUGUCGCUGGCAUCGAAAGUGAACGCAUCCAACGACACUGCGCUACACGUGGCGUCCAGGGCGGGCCACUUGGAACUCGUGGGCGCGAUCGCCCCAUUCGUGGACGUGACAGCCACGAACUUCGACGGGAGAACGGCCACGGCCGAGGCUUGUGCAAACGACCAGGUGGCCAUUGUGGAGUACUUGAUCGAUACGUUUCCGUCGUCCCAUCUCGACUGGAUGGACUUGAUGUACGUGGCGGUCAAUGCUCAAGCACUGCAAGUGCUUGCGUGGUUGCUGUCCCGUGCACCCGUCCAGAUGCGAGACAGCAACUCGUUGUGGCAACGAGCUAUCGAUCUGAAGGAUGAGAAGGUGUGUGUGCUGCUGCUCGAGCAUGGACUCAGCUUGUCAGGGCUCGACGACGACAGACUUAGCUUCGUCCGAGGCCUUCGUCGUUCCAGUGCUGUUUCAUCACAGCCCAACCCCCCUGUCGAUACAACGAACAGUCCAUUAUUCACCGUGGGUGAGCGCAUGCAACUGGCGUCAGCGGCGCCGCAACCCCCAAGCACAAACUCCAAUAGUCCACCACGGACCACUGCCAUCUCGCCGCUGCCGCCUCUGCGCCAAAGUCAAUCUUCCACCGCCCAACAGAAGGACCAGUACGCAAUCGGUCAGCACACGGACUGGGGCACCGUGUUGAAGCAGCACGUCGCCCGCGCCGACAUGGACGCCGCCAAGAACUUUCACAAGGACCUGUUGCGACUCCAGAGAUCAAACGGCAGUCGCACCCAUGCUCUCGUGCGGUACGUUGGUACCGACGCGAGCGACGCCACUCUUUUGUUUGAACCGCCCGGCAUUCCCCUCUCUCGCGCCCAAGAUUCGCCCGUCCCCGACUUGUUUGCCAAAUGCACUGGCAAGUCCUGGAGCGAAGGGAAGUACCUGUAUGACAUUGCCCAGGCCGUGGCAUACCUGCACGAAAAUGGCCGACCCCACGGCGCCAUUUGUCCUGCAAACUGCUUUGUCGACCCCAAGAGCGGCAGUGGGAAACUUCUGGUUGUCUUCCAAGGGUCGACGCCGACUGCGCUCACGGCACCGGAGGCGCAGCACGGCAGCACGGUGGACCCUUUCGCCGCGGAUGUCUACAGCCUUGGACGUGUGUUGAUGUCCCAGCCAGGGCUGACGCAGGAAGCGUUGGACUUGGCGAACUGGAUGACAACACCGCAACCGACCCACCGUCCCAAGAUGGCCGACGUCGUCGCACACCCAGUGUGGUGGACUCUCAAGACCAAGCUCCAGUACAUUCAAGCGAUUGCGUCGUACAGCGCCGACCACCCCCGCGUCGCUCGGUGCAAGAACCUGCGGUGCCCCAACUGGCAGACCAAGUUGCCUCCCGUGGUGCUGGCGGGGACCAACCAGCAUCGAACGUACAACCACACGGUGUAUGCGCUGGUGCGAUACAUUCGCAACUUUAAGGAGCACGGCCGGGACCAUUCCCCAGACAUGUGGCAGGCUCUUCACGACGCUCUCGGUGCUGCGACACCCGUUGCGGACGUGUCGGACCUCGAGUUUCAAGAACAGUGCCUGGGAGGAUUUGUCGCGCAAGCGUUUCCAACGCUCGUCCUGGACCUCUGGCGCGCCUUGGGAAACUUGGAUGCACCAGCGUAGACUUCGUAUCCAUGGUGUAAAGAUUCAUCGAUUCUAUCGAGUUCGCCAA